GGCCGGCUCGGCUGCGCCUCGGCCGCCGCGGGCCCCACAGCCACAGCAGCCAUCCCAAGAGAAGUUCUACAGCAUGGCUGCCCAGAUCAAGCUACUGUUAGAAAUUCCUGAGAAGAUCUGGAGCUCUAUGGAAGCUGCUCAGUAUCUCCAGGCCACCCAGCUCUACCUGCUCUGCUGCCACCUUCACAGCCUGCUUCAGCUGGAUUCCUCUAAUUCUCGAUACAGUCCUGUCCUCUCCCGAUUUCCUAUACUCAUCCGGCAGGUGGCAGCCGCCAGCCACUUCCGGUCAACUAUUCUGCACGAAAGCAAGGUGCUGCUCAAGUGCCAAUCAGUGUCUGACCAAGCGGUGGCCGAGGCCCUGUGCUCUAUAAUGCUUUUGGAAGAGAGUUCUCCUCGCCAAGCCCUCACAGACUUUCUGUUGGCCAGAAAGGCAACCAUUCAGAAACUUAUCAACCAGCCGCACCAUGGUGCUGGUGUCAAGACUCAGAUCUGCUCAUUAGUGGAGUUGCUGGCCACCACUCUGAACCAGGCUCAUGCCCUUUUCUACACUUUACCAGAAGGUUUGCUGCCAGAUCCAGCCCUACCAUGCGGCUUGCUCUUCUCCACUCUGGAGACCAUCACAGGCCAUCAUCCUACUGGAAAGGGCAUUGGAGUCCUGCAGGGGGAGGUGACACUCUGCAGCUGGUUCAGACACCUGCCCGCAUCCGUCAUCGAGUUCCAGCCAGCACUGCGGACACUUGCACAUCCCAUCAGCCAGGAAUACCUGAGAGACACACUGCAGAAGUGGAUCCACAUGUGUAAUGAAGAUAUUAAAAACGGGAUCACCCACCUGUUACUGUACGUGAAGAGUGUGAGAGGUCUCGCAGGGAUCCGCGAUGCCAUCUGGGAGUUACUUACCAGUGAGUCUGCCAGUCACAGCUGGGAUGUGAUAUGUCGGCGACUUCUAGAAAAGCCACUCCUGUUCUGGGAGGAUAUGAUGCAGCAACUGUUCCUUGACCGAUUACAGACUCUGACAAAAGAAGGCUUUGACUCCAUCUCCAGCAGCUGCAAAGAGCUCCUGGUGUCAGCUUUGCAGGAACUUGAAAGCAGCACUAGCAACUCCACUUCAAAUAAGCAUGUCCACUUUGAGCAGAACAUGUCCCUGUUCCUGUGGUCGGAGAGUCCCAGUGACCUUCCUUCUGAUGCAGCCUGGGUCAGUGUGGCGAGCCGGGGCCAGUUGGCCAGCAGUGGCCUCUCCAUGAAAGCUCACGCUGUUAGCCCCUGCGUGCAGAGCUUCUGCUCUGCCCUGGAUUCCCAGCUAAAAGUUAAACUCGAUGACCUCCUGGCUUACCUGCCCUCCGAGGACUCACCGAAGGAUGUGCCCUCUGUGUUGGCCAGGAGCUCUGCCUUUGACAAGUACGCCGAUGCUGGGACCGUGCAGGACGUGCUGCGCACCCACUCGGCAGCAUGCAUCCAGCACAUCACUGACUGCAUCCGAGCACAGCUGCAGAGCAUCGAGGAAGCCGUGCAGGGGCAACAGGAUGCCCUCAGUGGAGCCAGGCUGCAUGCAGUCCUCUUCAUGGCCAGGCUCUGCCAGUCUCUGGGAGAACUGUGCCCCCACCUGAAGCAGUGCAUCUCUGGAAAAUCCAGUAGCUCUGAGAAACCAGCCAGAGAGUCAAGGGCUCUGAAGAAACAGGGGAAAGGGAAAACCCAGGAAAUCAUUCCUGUACAGGCCAGGUGGCAGGAAGUGAAGGAAGUGCUCCUGCAGCAGAGUGUACUGGGCUACCGAGUGUGGAGCUCUGCCGUCGUGAAAGUUUUGAUUCAUGGAUUCACCCGGUCGUUGCUUUUAGAUGAUGCUGGCUCAGUUCUGGCCACGGCCACCAACUGGGAUGAACUAGAAAUCCAGGAGGAGACAGAGUCUGGCGGCAGUGUCACAUCCAGGAUCCGGCUCCCUGUACAGCCAUCCUGGUAUGUACAGUCCUUCCUGUUUAGCUUAUGUCAGGAAAUUAAUCGGGUUGGAGGCCAUGCCUUGCCAAAAGUGACUCUGCAAGAGAUGCUAAAAAACUGUAUGGUUCAAGUAAUAGCUGCCUACGAGAAGCUUUCAGAAGAGACACAGGUGAAGAAAGAAGGUGCAUUCCCGAUAACCCAGAACCGGGCGCUGCAGCUCCUGUACGACCUGCGGUAUCUCAGCAUCGUUCUGGCAACCAAGGGCGAGGAGGGCAAGAGCGGCCGGAGCAAGCCCGACUCCAGAAUCGAGAAAGUGACUGACCACCUGGAAUCACUCAUUGAUCCAUUUGACCUGGAUGUCUUCAUGCCACACCUCAACAGCAACCUUAAUCGCCUCGUGCAGCGAACUUCUGUUCUAUUUGGACUGGUCACUGGUACGGAGAACCAGUUCACUCCAAGGAGCAGUACCUUCAACUCCCAGGAGGCCCAUAACAUACUACCACUGGCAUCGAGUCAGAUCAGGUUUGGACUUCUUCCACUGAGCAUGACAAGCACUCGAAAGGCGAAAUCAACCAGCAGAAGUGUCGAAACAAAAGCCCAGGUUGUCCCUCCAGCACUCUCCAGAGCAGAUGACCUCACACAUCCAGGCUCCUUGUUCAGACAGUUUGUCAACGAAGAAGACGACACUUCUGCGCCUUCAUUAUUCAAACUUGGCUGGCUCUCCAGUAUGACUAAAUAAUGUGGGAACAUAGCUAUUUCUCUCCAAUAAAUACCACUGCGUUGUUUCUCC